AAAAAAGAAUGGGAACCUGGUCCGGCCUAACUAACGAAAAAAAUCCAUAUUUACCUAUGCUUGGUGGCCAAAGCCGUCAACUUCUUUCUCUUCCCUCUUGUUUCGUUUCCCUUCAACCAAAAACAUCACGGCACUGCCGCGCCAAUUCCUCCUCCUUCUCCCUCCCUCUGGGUGACUUGCCGUCUUCUUUUUAUCUUCCUUCCGGUCAUCGAAUCAGUCAGUUCUUGUCUUACAACUUCGCUUUGUCGGCUUCGCUCAAUCGCAAUCGAUCGAUAUUCCCCCGCCACUUUUUGUUUGUUGCUCCGCGACGACUUUGAACAAUAACUCUCGAUCCAAAACCCUUGGCGAGUCGGAUCCAGCGCUCCUGAUCCCCUCUCAAGCGACUAUCUGUACUGCUCUUCGUUGCGCAGUCGAGAAAAGCACAACGCUUCUUUUGGCAUUUUGCUCUCCCGCUUAUUCGCCCAAUCCGAAUCUAAGCCCAAGCUUUCUGCCCCACGAUCGCGAUCUACAUCGACGUCGAUAAGUGCCCGCACACGACACGACAGAACUUUUUGACAACCGGCCCCAAAAAGACUCACGCAAGACACGAGACACUGUGACUUUCACUAGCCAUGGCGUCUCCGCUGCAGUUUGCCUACCGAACCCAGAGGGACAUCGGCAUCACCGACGCCGCGCCCGUCUAUCAGCCUCUCACUGGGUUCAAGAAGCCUGAGGGCAACCUCCGGUGCUGUACCUACUCGCCAUGUGGUCGCUACUUCGCUUGGGCCUCUCCCGAGGCUGUCACUAUCAUUGAUCCCUCAACCUCCCAGCAGGUCCUGUCACUCCCGGUCUCCAACGUCUACGAGCUCGGUUUCUCUCCUCGCGGUACUUUCGUCAUUACCUGGGAACGCCCUGCCAAGGAUGAGAACGGAGAUGCCACCAAGAACCUCAAGGUCUGGCGUGUUGUGGAGGAGGAUGUCUCUGGUCAGGACAAGCAGCCCCUCGGCCGCUUUGUUCAGAAGCAGCAGCAAGGCUGGAACCUUCAGUACACAGCUGAUGAGAAGUACUGUGCUCGUCUCGUUACAAAUGAGGUUCAGUUUUACGAGAGUCACGAUCUCGUCAAGGUCUGGAACAAGCUCCGAGUCGAGGGUGUCACCAACUUUGCUCUUGCUCCUGGCAGCCAAAACCACGCCGUUGCCGUCUUUGUUCCCGAGCGCAAGGGUCAACCCGCUGCCGUCAAGGUCUUCAACGUCCCUCUUUUCACCAACCCAAUCUCCCAAAAGACCUUCUUCAAGGGAGACAAGGUCCAGCUUAAGUGGAACAAGCUUGGCUCCAGCCUUCUGGUGCUGGCCCAAACCGAUGUUGAUCGCUCAGGCAAGAGUUACUAUGGUGAGACCACGCUGUAUCUGCUCAGCACCACCGGUGCUUUUGAUGCCCGCGUGUCCCUGGAUAAGGAGGGCCCCAUUCAUGAUGUUUCUUGGUCACACAACUCGAGAGAGUUCGGUGUUGUGUAUGGUACCAUGCCUCCCAAGGCCACCAUCUUCAAUCACCGGGCCGUUGCAACGCACUCGUUCCCGAUUGCCCCUCGCAACACCAUCACUUUCUCGCCAAACGGUCGCUUUGUUUUGGUGGCAGGCUUCGGCAACCUUGCUGGUCAGAUCGAUGUUUACGAUCUGGAGAAGGAUUUCCGCAAGAUCACCACUUUUGAGAGCGGUAAUCCCAGCGUCUGCGAAUGGAGUCCUGAUAGUCGCUACAUCAUGACUGCCACAACCUCCCCCCGACUCCGUGUUGACAACGGCGUCAAGUUGUGGCAUGUUAGCGGCAAUCUCAUGUAUAACGAGGAUAUGGUUGAGUUAUACAAUGUUGUGUGGCGACCUCAGGGUCCCGAGAGCAUUGCUCCUGGUGAUCCUUUGACCCCCGUUCCUACGCCUCAUGCCUCGGCUACGGCCUACCUGGGCUCGGUCAAGACUCCCAGCAAGCCCGCUGGUGCUUACCGCCCUCCCGGCGCCCGUGGUCUGGCCACUCCUCUGCACUUCAAGCGUGAGGAUGAGGGCGGUGCCGCCCACGUUGUGAGCAACGGACUACCCAACGUCGGCCCCAAUGGUUUUGGUCGCCCUCGCCGCGCUGUGCCCGGUGCUGAUUUGGCUGACCAAGCUCCCACGGUUAGGACCGUUCCUGGAGCUGAACCCUUGGGCGAUGAAAACUCGUCCAAGUCGAAGAACAAGAAGAAGAGAAACAAGAAGAAUCCCCAGGGUGAGGGCCGGCCCCAAGGCGAGCCUAACGGCGGAGCUAGCCUGGCGCCUCCUCCUCACGACCGAGGUCACGGCUCCGGCCACGAGGGUCGCAGCCCCGAGCGACGAAAUCACCGCAACCGGAGCCAAUCGCGUAACAAUCAGGCCCGAAGCCGCAGUAACAGUCACCGCAACGGCCAUGGACACCAUGCUCACUCAAGCCAGGGUGCCGGAGGUGGUGCUCCUGAUGCUGCACAGAACCCUAACGCCAAGAAGAUCCGCAGUCUCCAGAAGAAGGUUCGCGCCAUCGAGGACCUUGAAAUGCGUCUGGCUGGUGGGGAGAAGCUCGAGGACACCCAGCUUAAGAAGAUCAACACCAAGUCGUCCGUGCUUAAGGAGCUCGACGGGUUGGAGAAGGGGAACUAAAAGGACGGACGACUUUGGGGGUUGAUAGGGGACAAUAUUUUUGGGUGGUUCUUUAACAGAGGUGACAUGUAGUAAUAGGUUGGAAUCUGUCAGAUUGGGAGUGUUGGCGAGCCAUAGCGGACUCUGUGAUAUUGGGCUGUACUUUGUUGGACACCUGCACGGCGUGGAUAGGUCGACUUUGUGGUUCUUCUUAUGAAGGCAGUCAACCAGGGAGUCUCAAAAGUCAUUCGGAUUACGGGAGACUUGGUCGGCGUACCAUAGUCUGACAGUACAAAAUCGCAACAAAAAUGAAUCUUUUUGUCUACAUAAAUGUUGAAUUUCUAUGGCGAGAUCUUGCAAG